UCCAAGACAAGCUCUGAGAACUGAAAAAUGGUUUCCCAAACUCCAGCCAAAGCCACCCUAUUUCUUGCAAUGAACGUUCUCUGCUUUGUUUUAACCACCGCAUGUGUAGAAGGAACCUGCGGCUACCCCUCACCACCGGCAACCAGUGGUGGACCUGGUGGCGGUCAGUCAGCAACUUGUCCUAGGGAUGCCUUAAGACUAGGCGUCUGCGCCAAUCUAUUAGGAGGAUUGGUGGGAGUGGUAGUUGGAAGCCCUUCCACCACCUCUUGCUGCACCUUGGUGGCGGGAUUGGCAGACCUCGAGGCAGCGGUUUGCCCUUGCACCGCCAUUAGAGCCAACGUGCUAGGAAUCAAUCUGAAUAUCCCAAUUUCUCUCAGUCUACUUCUCAAUGUGAGUGGAAGGACUUCUCCUGCUGGCGUCACUUGUGCAAUCUUCUAUUAA